UAGUGUGCAGGGACCCGAAAAGAAAUUCAUCGAUUUUACUUUUACAGUUUUGAAGUAGAUAAAAAUAUGGCAUCAAGUACUGGCAUGAGGGGUUUUAUUAGAAGUUGAGCAUGUCUUUAUUCUGUUCUUAUUCUAAGAGGCGCGUCAGCAAAAACAAAAGAAAGUAUUGUGCUAAAAAGAAGGAAUUAUUCCAGCUCUUCUACAGUUUGGUUUCCGAGUCAAAAUAGGCUAUAAUUAUCAACUUAAAGAAAGUGAAGCGGACCAUUGGAGAUUGGAGUUAAUUUGUGUUGAAGGCCCAGAGACAGAGGGUGAGGGGGAUCCAGAUCCAUCACUAUGGAAGGAAAGCCUCACAGGGACCUGCAGCGACCGCAGGACUCCGGCCAGGAGUCCAACCGGGCCAUCCUGCCUCUCCUGCAGCCACCUGUCCACCAGCAGUCCCACAGGGUCACCAACUUCUAUAUAGACAACAUCUUAAGACCGGAUUUCGGACGAAAGAGGAAGGACGGGACUCUGGUCCGGGAGGGGGGCAGUCUGGCAGUGCUCCUCCGCAGAGAGGAGCAGACAGGGAGGAAGUCUAGAAAUGGAAGCCCGCCGCAGCGCGGAGCGGGAGGCGAAGAGGAGCAGGACGAGACAGGAACAUCCGACCAGCAGCACCCGGACACUGAGCCCGAGAGGCCGGAGCUGAGAGCCGAUGAGGAGGCGGCAGAGGGCCGGGGAGAGGCCAGCUCGGCCCCCGCCUCCAAGCCGAUGCUGUGGCCGGCUUGGGUUUAUUGUACCCGCUACUCAGACCGCCCUUCAGCAGGGCCCAGAUCCCGCAAACCAAAGAAGGCCCUGACCCCCAGCAAAGAGGACAAGCGGCCCCGCACAGCCUUCACGGCGGAGCAGCUGCAGCGGCUGAAGACGGAGUUCCAGGGGAACCGGUACCUGACAGAGCAGCGGCGGCAGGGCCUGGCCCGCGAGCUGGGCCUCAACGAGUCCCAGAUCAAGAUCUGGUUCCAGAACAAACGAGCCAAAAUCAAGAAAGCCACCGGGAAUAAAAACGCUCUGGCGCUGCACCUCAUGGCGCAGGGACUGUACAACCACGCCGGGGCCAAGGAGGACAAGUCGGACAGCGACUAG